GGCGGCGGCCCCGGCUAGCGGCGGCGGCACCAUGCGGCCGCAAGCUCCGCCCCCGCCGCCCCCAGCGUCAGCCAGAGGCCUAGCCAUGCUCCUGCUGCUGCUGCUCGCCUCUCCGCCACCCGCCCGCGCCGUCGACGUCUCACAAUGCGUCGCGCCACUGGGGAUGGAGUCAGGGGCCAUCGCUGACGAGGACAUUAGCGCCAGUUCAUCCUUCGACAGCGGCAACGUGGGACCGCAGAAUGGAAGGGUCCGCACGGAGCGGCAGGGAGGCGCUUGGUGCCCCAAGCAGCAGGCGACGAUGGAGCCCAAGGAAUGGCUGGAGGUGGACCUACGGCAGGUGCACCUGGUCACCGCCACCGAGACGCAGGGCCGCUUCGGUAACGGCCAGGGCCAGGAGUUCGCCGAGGCGUACAUGCUGGAGUACUGGCGCCCCAAGCUGGGCAAGUGGGUCCGCUACCGCGACUCCAAGGGCCGGGAGGUACUGAAAGGCAACAGCAACACGUACCUGGAGUCGAAGCAGCAGCUGGAGCCGGCCAUCUGGGCGAGCAGGGUGCGCUUCCUGCCCUACAGCUACCACCGCAGGACCGUCUGCAUGAGGGUCGAGCUGUACGGCUGCCGGUGGACAGACGGCGUGGUGAGCUACUCGAUGCCCCAGGGGGACAAGCGCGGCGCCGGCUGGGAGCUGUUCGACGCGACGUACGACGGCCACUGGGACGGCGAGCUGCGCCGGGGGCUGGGCCAGCUGACGGACGGCCGCGUCGCCGCCGACACCUUCCGGCCCGGCCACUACCCGGUGCUGGACAAAGGACAGGGCUGGGUCGGCUGGAGGAACGACAGCCGUGGUGGACAGCCCGUCGAGAUUAAGUUCGAGUUCGAUAAGGUGCGGGAGUUCAACGCUGUCCACAUCUUCUGCAACAACCAGUUCACCAGAGACGUGCAGGUGUUUUCGGAGGCGAACGUUCUGUUCAGCGUGGGCGGCAAGCACUACGACGGGGAGCCCAUCACGUACACCUACAUCGAGGACUGCAUCUUCGAGAACUCGCGCAAUAUCUCCAUCAAGCUUCACCACCGCGUCGGCCGCUUCGUCAAGCUGCGGCUGCACUUCGCCAAUCGGUGGAUCAUGAUCAGCGAGGUCACCUUCGAUUCAGUGGUCGCACAUGGGAACUUUUCGGAGGAAGUGGUCCCGGUACAGGACGCCCCUGCCCAGACCGACGUCUUCAUCGACCGCAAGAAGCAACACGUCGGCGGCCGGCCCGUGUCGACGGCGACGGAGGAGGAGCACACGUACCUGGCGGUCAUCAUCGGCGUGCUGAUGGCGCUGGUGCUGCUGCUGGCCGCCGCCAUCUCGCUCAUCGUGUCCCGCCACCGGCAGCGCAAGUGCUUCGCGUCGCCGCUGGCCGCCAAGGUGGCGCUGGCGCCCACGCUGGCCGGCGCCGCCCCCGCCACCGGCACCUCCAGCGCCGCCUCGGCCGCCGGCACCGCCAAGAGCGGCGCCUCGUUCGCCGCCAAGGAGGUGGGCGGCGCCGCGGCGGGGGCGGCGCCCGCCGGCUGCGGCCGCUCCUGGGAGGGCACGCUGGACCCACUGCUCGUCGCCAGCGAUUACCAGGAGCCCUACCACGCCCUCAAGUACGCGCCCUACUACAGCUACAGCAGCGUGCUCGUCGACGUGGGCGGCACCUUCGGGAAGCGCUUCCCGAUGCACGACGAGCCGGUCCACGACUACGCCGUGCCUGACACAGGGGUGCGGCCCCCCGCGGCGCCGUCGCCCUCCCCCGCGGUCAGUCUCAAGGACACGGGCAGCCUGCUCUCCAGGGACAACAAGACUGCGUCCAAGGGCAAGAAGUCGCCGUGCCGGCAGGAGGCGCUGUCGGCGCUGCGGCGGCGGCUCCAGCAGACGGCGGUCCCGGAGUUCCCCAGGCACCGGCUGCGCAUGCUCUCCAGGCUGGCCGAGGGCGCCUUCGGAACGGUGUACAUAGCGGAGGCGGACGGGGUGCCCGAGUACGGGAAGGCGACGACGCUGGGCAAGCGGCUGGUGGCGGUCAAGCUGCUGCCGACCGGCGCCGCCGACCAGGAGAAACAAGUGUUCCUGCGCGACGUGCACAUCCUGGCGGCGCUGGAGGACGCCAACCUGGCGCGCGUGCUGGGCCUGUCGAGCAGCGAGGAGCCGCUGGCGGUGGUCAUGGAGUACCUGCAGCACGGCGACCUCACGCAGUUCCUCAGGGCGCACCAGAUGGCCGACGACGACGACCACCCGCUGGCCGCCAACUCGCUCAGCUUUAACUGUUUGCUGUAUAUGGCCUGCCAAAUAGCAUCUGGAAUGCGAUACCUCGAAACGCUGAACUUCGUUCACAGAGAUCUUGCCACAAGGAACUGCUUGGUCGGCGAGGGCUACCAGGUGAAGGUGUGCGACUUCGGAACACACAACGAACUCUACGAGGCCGACUACUGCAAGGUGGACGGCGUGACGGGGCUGCCGGUGCGGUGGAUGGCGUGGGAGUCGGUGCUCCAGGGCCAGUACACGACCAAGAGCGACGUGUGGUCGUUCGGCGUGACGCUGUGGGAGGUGCUGACGCUGGCGCGCCGGCGGCCGCUGGAGCCGCUGUCGGACGCGCAGGUGCUGGCCGAGCUGGCGCGCCUCGGGGACGACGACAGCGACGUGGACGGGUGCGCGCUGCCGCUGCCGCUGGCGCCGCCCCCGCGCUGCUCCAGCGACGUGCUGGACCUGCUGGACGAGUGCCGCCGCCGGCACGCCGCCCACCGGCCCUCCUUCCGCGAGAUCCACCUCUUCCUGCAGCGCAAGACGCUCGGCUACGUGCCCCGCGCCGCCUCCUGAUCGCCUCGCCUCGCCUGCUAGUGCUGUGGACGCUCGUGCGCAGCUGUCAUUUUGUACGACCUACAUUCGGGUACUUCUUCUGGAGAUCUGGACUCGCUGUGAUACGAGAUGCUGCCUAAAAGUUUGAGGAACUCCUGCUUCCCACUGUGGACAGACCUGAGCCAUCGAUUAUUUUCUUGUUUUGAAUCGAUGUACGGAGCUGAAUAAUUACUCCAGACCCACUUUACAGUGUAUCACAUGUUCUCACUGUCUAUAUGUGGUGAUUCUUUAAAUUUCUAGUCACUUGUUAUCUGGCAACUUUUCAUCAGUUUUUCGGUGUUACUUUCGCGUUCUACCGAAGAGAAAUUUUUAUCAAAGAAUCCCUGACACAAUCAUUUGUACUGGUAACUGUUAUAGGGAACAUUUGACGGUGACGCCAACACUUACACCUCUCCAUUGUGAAGAAGUAUGGACGAAAACUUUAAUACUAAUGGACUCACAAAGAGAUUUGGAAUCCCUCGAAUUAUGGGAAUUACUUGCGCUGAAGGUAAUCCUCGUAACUUUUCGGUAGUAGCUCACUCACUACAUGCACAUAUCUUUUUUUACUAGUGACGAAGAGUAAUCCCUUCUACUCGGUCACCACAUAGUGAUGUUAAGAUAUAUUCAAAAUGUAACACUUGUUUCAGGCCGUGAAAACGGGCGAAAAAUUAUCUCACGACCACUGUAAUCUGACUCCUCUCGUAAUUAUCACCAGAUAAUAAGUAGCAGCGUAAAUGCAUUGAGAAAAAGUAGCAGCAGUACUUGAAAGAAGAGGACUUUUAUACAUAACCAUUCGAUGCUUAUCGGUAACUUCUCCGAUGUUUUUAUUUCCCGUAACGGCAAUUGCUUUUAUAACUUGUUUGCUAAGACAAGACUGUAUGAUCUUGGAACGCCGAAAUCCGAAGAGACUGGUUGUAGAAAGAGCUGUAAUGUUUGCAUUCACUCCUUCAUCUGGAGGAGUUUGUGUGGAAACCAAACUUAAAACCAGUAUACUUUACGGUAAUCCAUUCACCACUUUAGCACAAGAGAUGCAAAUGAGCCUUCUUGUCGCUUACAGUAGACUAUUCAGAAACUUCAGUCUUCUUUCUGACCUGUAUUCCGUUCAUUUCAUCUCGAAAUUAACUCUGAAUUUUGCAUUUGUACCUACUUUUCCUGUCCUAACCAAGCAUACAUUAAAUUCUACUUUUCGUCAUUAACUUAAGUAAACCAGUCUGUGAGUAUUUUGUUAAAUUAUGUAUUGAUCUUACUUUGACUCGUGAAUAUGAAAAUUAAAUUAUAACGCUUUAGGUUUCAAGAAUUUAAACAAUCAGUGAUGACAUUAACAAUUAUCUGUGAUAAAAUAAUACUAGUUAUCAGAUUGCACUUCUCUUAGGAAACUCAUGUAUGAGAAUGUCGCCUUUUAAAGAGCAGUAUUCUCUUCUUGUUGUUUUUAGUGUUGUUAGAGGACCAAUGUUAUCAGUUAUCGAUACGAUAUGCCGCUUCUGUACUUCAACACGCUCUGAAAACAAAUACUGUUCUCUUUCAGGUUAACCUUUGAAAUGCUCCUGUUUAAACAUGUACCUCGGCAGUAGAAUUUCCUGUUCUGUAGAGAAACUUCAAUUUGUUAGUAUUCCUUUCCAUCCUCCGUAUUUAUAUCGAGUACCUGCUGGCAACCAUCUCUGAAAUCGUUACUCUUUUCCUUCACUGAUCUGUCCUGGAAGACACGCAUCGCUAGAAGAUUAUUCUCCCAGGAUUCGUUGAUUUCGUUACGUUCAAGAUUACCUUCGUUGAUUUCGUUUCAUUCGAGAUUACCUUCGAUUCUAUUUUCAUUCAAGGCAAACGAGUGCCAUUAUCAUCAUUUAACUCUCUAAUAUAUUCCCAGUCGUUAAUAUUUGAGCUGUAUUGCUGCUUUCUACUUAACACUUUGCAUUCGGACGCUUUCUUUAUUACACAGAAGUGAAAAUAUUAUUUUGUUCUUUAGGUUUUAGCAAUAAGUCUUCUUCGUAGCUUGAAGAGUGAAUUCGUAUUUGAAUAUAUUUAUGAUAAGUGCUUUUGAUUUGUAAAUUAUUUGUGAAUAGGAAAUAUAACAGUUUCAGACUGGCCUAAAUAGUGAAUACGUGGUAAAUAAUUCACAAAUGGUUAUGAAAUUGAUAAUUUGUGAAUGUUAGGAAAAGGCAGUUUAUUUCGUCAAUUGCGUCAGUAAGUAUGUAAAUACAAAGGUCAUUCAAAUGAAAACCAGAAUCCGUGGAACAAUAUCAAGAAUCUUUUCUCGUUUUAUGGGAAUAUUUUCUCGAACAAUAAUAACUACUCACUUUAAAAUUACGUCUCUUCUCUAGAAAUUUGGGGAAAAACAUAGUAUUGCGAUGUGCGCCACAUCAUUUUCCUCUACCUAUGAUUAAUCUGGAUGUCCUUAGACGUUAUCUCUUAUUUAUCACGUAAAUCUGAUACAUGAUUCACAUCACGCAUAAAGAAGAUAGAAAAGAAUGUCUUCAUCCAAGCGUGACGCUUUCUGGGAAUAAAACCUUCCAGUUUCCUUGUAACAGGAAUAUUAAGGUACUCAAUUCAUAAUUAUCAUUGUACUAUGCCUAGUGACAUCAAAGAUUAGUAUUUUUGUUGCUUCCACUAAGAUCCACUGGAGUGUCAUACAAGAUAAUUUUGUAUAAGACUGAUGGGGAAAAUCAUUUUCUUAAAAUGAUUGUGACAUUAGACCCAGAAGAAGGCCGCUGCAACCGUGGCCGAAACGUUGGUUUUUCUCCAGCAGCAGUAGUUUUAUACAUUAUGACGCGGUACCAUACUCAGAAACUUUUAUGUCGAUUGUGACACAGUGAUUUGUGCUCAUUAGGAAUAAGUCAUCGUGUGGAAGACUAUUCUAUAGUUUCAUCUAGAUGUCGUCUUAAAAUAAUACAAAUGAUCACACAGACCUCAAUCGAGAGGCUGCAGACGAGGACAUGUCUUUAUUUGCCUUAACAUUUCCUACAGAUUACGGUGUAAAGGUACAAGAAGAUGAAAGGAAAUGAGAGGAACAGAAUAAAUAGGCGAAUGAAAGCUGAGAGAGACGUACAGGUAGAGCUGGAGACUGACAAAUACACAGACUCGGAAAUGGAUAGGGGACAUGAUGAACCAUUGCAGGAGGAACAAAGUGUUAUAGAAGGGGUGGGAGAGACAGAACUGGUGGGGCGUGAUAGGUGUUUGGAUAGCCUGGGGAAUGUUAGAGAACAAGUAGGCAAAUCAAACAUGUUACAGAACGUAAGGAUGCUGAUGUAUGGUGGGUAGGACAAUAAAGGAGAACAGAAGUAGUUUUCAGACGAUUUUUGACACAUAUUGAUUACUCGCUCCGAGAGAAAACAACAAUUCUGCUUACUAGUUCCUGCAACAACCUUUUUCGAAUCAUGAUAAAAGAUGGAUCCGUAGGAGAAGGCUCUCACGCAACCGAAAUAUCACGGAAAAAGGAAACCCUGUAACAAAGCGACAGCUGCCCUAGUUUAGUAACAUUGGCAAGUUAUACGCCUUUCGACAGGUGCUGGACAACUUAACCGUUAUAUCUAAUAAGUGCAAAUAUCGCCUCAGACAGCAUUGAGUGAAUGCUCCAUUCCGUUCUAAUAUUUUGUAGGUUUGCUUGCUUCACUAAAAUUUUGUUGCAACUUUGAACCUAAUGGGUGCACUGUACAACACAAUUUUUGUUAACUUCGGGUAUGGCCUACUACGAAACCCAUCUACCGUUUUCGGAGGGCUUUCAAGUUUUCAACUUAAUUUAUUUUUGCCGUGCAGAUGUCUGGUUUUUCGUUUCAGUGGCUUUUGUAUUUUGUUACUGACGUCUUUCUGUAAAUAUUGCUUGUUUGAAUUAUUAGGCCAAAGAGUAUUCUAGUUAUGAAACGACAAACCUGUCGUUACUUGUAAUUUUCAGACGCAAUAACUAAACAUAAAACUACACGUUAUACAGAUAUAGUCCUCAGAGCGAUGUAAUCAGUGGCAAUAUGAGCUGAUAAAUGUUUAAACUUUCACGGUAAAUGUAGGGUUGUAAUGAAGUAUUUAUUGAUAAUGCAUUGUAGAAAAUUGUACUGGUUGUAUGAAGAAGUUUAUUUUGUAAUAUAUUGUAAAUAUCUAGUAGAGACGAGUGUAAAUAUGAAGAAUAAUAUUUGUAACAUCUGUCACUACUACUGCCGUCACUAUUACUUACAAAAGCAUGAGAAAUUAACACUUUCCCAAGAUGGAACCAUUAAACCAUGGUACCAGUAUUGCAAACUGGCUCUCCUGUGGCCUCAGAAACGAUUGUCAUUCUUUGUUAAAGCAUAGUCUACUGUCAAGUAUUCUUUCAUGAAUUAUUUUCUCCUGGUCCCUUUCACGUGGAUCACUAUAUUUUCUACAGUAACAGAUACAAACAUUGCUAAAGUUGGAAAAAUUACCGUUUCCUUUAAAUAGUAUUAACCUCAUAUUUUCUUGUUACCUCAUGUCACUAUUUUAUGUUUUCCAUAUUCAUGUGUUGCCGAAGUAUGAUUCCUACCAUAAAAAAUGUUGACAUUAUUUGCAAACAAACAGUAGCUGCAAUGACAAGAUAUGCAUGCACUACUUUGUAGCUACGGCCCCCACCCCAUCCGUUUCUGCGCAUUUUGUUUAUACGUGUAGUCGCCCAACAGACACCUCCCCUAUUCUGUUGGAUGGAGUCUUGGAUCACUCCUCAGUUUCCCAUUCCUCGUUUCGACCCAUACUGCUGCUUAUGUUUUUUUCAUUUAAGACCACACUGUAUUGGAUCAAAACGGAAUUUGUUCUUUUUAGUUACUGAAAUGUUGCGUUCAUUUCAAUAACAUUUUAACGGGUAAACCAGUUACUUGAUAUGAGCAUUUUCUGCUUGAGACAGUUUUUAAAUUUACGUACGUACCGCAUCGUUGCGUGCCGUCAACGUCACUGACUUGAAGUAACUUUACAGUGACAGGCCUCUUCCUAUCUCUUAAACGCACUUCUUUAUGUUCUGACAACUCUCCAUUAGCGUGUAUUCAAGUCUAAUGCGACGACUGGUUUCAAGUGUUUCCUCAAUCAUGGGUGGCAGUAAUAAACUUACAAGGAGGAUAGUGAGAAAGUACUAAUAUUUUCGGAAUUUUCUUUUCAAAAUUUCACAGGAAACAAAGGUUGAAUAUGUUUAUAAAGCUCAUCUUUGUUUUUCAUUUCCGUGAGGAUCGUCAGCAAACAGUAAAGCUGAGGUGCUGUUGCGUAGCAAAUCAUUGUGUGGUGCAAUGUUGGUAGUGGAGAAUCAUUAUAAAUUUGUAGCAAUUUCUUCAUAUAUGCACAGUGAAUAGUAUUUUUAAUAGCGAGCCUGAAAAAUGGAACUCAUAAAAUACGUAUCUAUUAUAUAGAUAAACAACGAUGUUAAAGGUUUUAGAGUGAAUAAUACUAAUUACAUGGAAAUACGAAAUGUUACUUUUGCAGCUGUAUCAUAGUGAAAAGUGAGACUUUUCACGAUAUUUCAAUUAUAUUACGUGUUGUAUCUAAUGUUGCGUUACCUUUAAGAACUGUGGAAACCUGUACCAUAUUAAUAAUGUGGCACUCAACAGCUUGUUGAAUUGGUAACAUUGUAUGCCACAUGUUUAACUUUUGGUUUCUACCUCAAAGGACGCAAAAUCUCUCAAAGACUUCCUAGUAACCAAGAGACUGUCAGAAAGUGUUGAGACAUUGCAUGCAGGUAACGGUUUAUCGUACAACACUAAAUAAACUUAUUUCUUGUCUGAUUAAAAUAUAAGCACAAAUUAUGUUGAGUGAAUACAUACGCUGUCAUAAAAAGAUAAACUGUUUUGUUAUUACACUGUUCACAAACAAUAGAAAAAUAAAGUCAUAAAUGAGUUAAA